GUAUGUAUUUUUGUUUCAGUAAUUGCGGAGACUAGCAAAAAUGCUGGCAAUGAUGCAUUUCAUAAAGAUGAUUUUGUCAAAGCUAUAAACUUGUACACAGAGGGAAUUGAAGUGAAAUGCAAGGAUAAGGAUCUGAAUGCAAAAUUGUAUAACAACAGGGCAUCAGCUCACUAUCACUUGGGUAAAUAUCAUAUUCAUAUUUACACAUUGUCAACCUUGCAUUAAAUUCCGUAUCCAACAUGCUAUUCUCUAUUCUGUAUCCCAGCCCUUCUUCGUAAAGACACUUCUGGGAUCUCUAUGUAACUACCGUAAAAUUCCCAAAAUAAGCCCAGGAGCUUAUAUUUUUCAAAGGCCCUUUUUGAGGGGCUUAUUUUUGGAGGGGAUUAUCUGUGGAGGGAAAUUUGCGUUUCAAAAUGGAUUGGGCUAGCCUUAUAGUUGGAAGUAAAUUUACCGUUUUUUCUUUGUUUUACUUUGUAUUUGAGGGUAAUUUUCCAAGUACAAGCCCCCAGGGGGCUUAUAUUUACAGGGGCUAUUUAACGGAGGGUGUUUUGCGUUACCGGUUUGGGGGGGGGGGGGGCUUAUAUUUGGAGGGGCUUAUUUUCGGAAUUUAAGGGUAUCUCUAUUGCCCCAUUGAUGAAUCAGGAUAAAGUCUUAGGUGAGCGAACUUUUUACAGCUUAAGAAAGUAACAGAGGGGGAAGAGGGGUGGGUUCUCGAUAGACCUCGAUAACAUCGUCUCAAAGCAGAUAGUGCCUGGUCUCUUGAUUUACGUGUUCAUUAAUGGCUCAAGUCUGAGUUUCUGAAAACCGUAUGUCCCUUUUAUGUGCCGUAAUAGGUUCGAUUCAUGCACGUAUCCUCCCGUUCCGCCAAUGUAUACUGCGCUGCAUUCGCAAGGAAUCUUAUAAAAUACUCAAUCAUGCUUCCUUGGGUUACUUAAGGAACUUAGAUCGCACAGAAUGUUCAGUGUCGUGUCCAAUAUGAAGACAGCCCGGGUGUACGAAUCUUUUAAAGACAAAACAGGCACUGCCCCACAAUUAUGAGACCCCUGCAUGAAGUAAUUUUAAGUGCUAAUUUUUUCGAGCUGAUAUGGCAAUUCUUUCUAAGCUACUUGAGGAUUAUUCUUUUUAAUAAAAGAAUAAUAAGAAAACAUUCUUGACAGAGAUGUGAUGGCGAACGUUGGGCCUGCUCAAUACCUUAGAAAGAUGAUUUGUCAAUUAGUGGCACAGGCAGCUCAGAGGGAAGAAUUCGAGUACUCCCAAUACUCCCUGAGUCACUGAUUGUAAAAUCAUCUUUCUUAUGUAUUCAACAAACUCCAAAUUCACCAUCAAAUCUGUAUCAUUGCGCAUAAGUAGAUAUUAACAUUCAUUUUUGACCAAGCAGUAUGCAGGUUAUUUGUCACUUAAACCUUGUUCAGUAGUGCCCUUACCUCCCACGAGUCUCUUGUAGCUUAGUGGUAGAGCUUAUGGACUAGCCGCUUGAAGGUCAUAGCUUCCUCUCCUAUUGGGCCGCCUGUGUUACUGAUUGAAAAGUUAUAUUUCUCAAAAAACUCUUUUUCAGAGAAUUACCGUGAUUGUUUGAUUGACGUAAAAGCUGCGACAGCACUACAUCCGUCUUAUCUCAAGGCGAUCAUCAGAGGUGAAAAUGAAUCCCAGUAGAAAACCUGAAUUUUUUUUUCUUCCAUUUAAUCAUUUCAAAUGAGUCGACUUUUUUUCCCUAGGUGCGAAGACCUGUUUAAAGUUGAAGCAGCUUGAAGAAGCCGUCGUCUGGUGUGAUAAAGGACUAACCGUAUCCUUUCUAUGUUAUGUCUAUCUUUUCACAGACCUUCUUUUCCUCUCUUUUGAGGUCUUCAUGUGCACGUACGAAAAGCCGCAACGCACUGGAUAAAUUACUUUAAAAAGGGAAGGAAAAAGCAUGUGUGAACAGGCUAUCUUUUCUGAGAGGAGCAAAUACAAAUCCCUGACCGCACAGAUUAUUACCUUCUUUACUUUUACUAGGUCAAUGUCUCUUUUUUUACCUUUGACUAAAUUAAGCUUGAAUCGAUAAAAUUGGUUUUAAUAUUAAGGGGGGAGGACGGUUAAAAGUAUUAUGUUUUGUUGAUUUCCACCCUUUUUCUUAAAUAUCAGUCCAAGACUUCAUUCAAUCCAAAAAUGACUUAAUUAAGUUACAGUCCUUAGUUCAAUAGCCUGCGAACAGCAGACGCAUUUCCGGUAGUCGCUUCUCUCCCUCCGUAAAAUAGCGUUUGCGAACCCGAGCGGCAAAACGAUUUCCGUGACGUAAACGUUUUGAGCCAAUCAAGGAACUAACUCGCGAGACGUCUCGCAAGAUCGUGCGCGUUGGAUAUGUUUACAAGUCGAAACUGAAAGGACGACGUAGCUUGUGUAUGGCCGCCGUUUUUUCUCAGAACAACGUGUUUACGAAAGUUAAUUUGCCAGGAUUGUGGGACUGAUUGACGAAAUAAGAAUCAAGUGGAUUCAUAUCGAAGAAAAGAUUAGAGGACAUUUGCUUUCUAUAUCUGCUGCUAUCCUAUUUCUACGAUCCUGGCAUGUUUAUUUUGCGUUGGAGUUCGAAUUUCGUGAAAAAAGUUGUGUUGAAUGAGAGCAUGUCGGCGAAAAUGGCAUCUCGUGUUUCCUACCUUGUAUAUUAUUAUUGUAUAUAGAGUGAAUUUGAACAAAUUACUGCAAAUUAUCACGAAACUUCGUUGCAGCAAUAAGGACAACAACAAUUAACUGCACAGUAAGGUUCAUUGAUCUUUAUUUAGUAUUUUCUAGAAAUUUUAGGAUGGUAUUUUUUACCCCAUACAAACACUGUAAUUUUACUGGAACCGUACUUUGGUGCUAUCACAGAGCCUGGGUGACCUGUGGUUAUGGUCGUGAAAUUCACGUUCCAAAGCGUAUUUGAUAACCUCGCCGAAAUCCAAGACACUUCAGCGCGCGAGGUCGCGAGGAGUCACUCGAGCUGUAUUCUAUCCUUUGAUCUGAUUGGCCAACAUCAAAACAAAAGGUUUUACGUCACCGAAAAUCGUUUUGCCGCUCGGGUUCGCAAACGCUAUUUUUCGGAGGGAGAGAAGGGCCGACCGGAAAUGCGUCUGCUGUUUGCAGGCUAUUAGUUCAAUAAUUAUUUGGAUAUUUUUAGAUGCUCUUUCAAAUGUCUUUAAUGUGUAAAAUUUAGGGUUGGAGAUGUUUGAAAUUUGGAGAAAAAAGGAAAGUGUUGGAUUUGUGGGUUCUUAAAAAUUGAAAUAUGAAGUGAAUAAUUAGUAGAGAAUUACCAGAUAGUCCACCACCACAACAGUCUUGCGGGGCAAAUUCGUUCCGGGACCAGGCUCCGAAGUGGGGGAAAAGGCAAAACACGGUGUGAAAUAGGAAAGAUCAGGAUGGGCUCCUGGAAAGAUAUAUAUCGGCUAGCAAAGGGAUGGGUGAACUGGGAAGGGGGCCACCGCCACCCUUUCCCUACCCAGACUACAACUGGGCUCUCUUCGCUCGCCGAUUUUUUUCUCCUUUUCCCCCCGAAUGCGGAACGUGGUCCCAGGUUACAAAAAAUGGAAAAGCAGAACAAUAAAGAAACCGAGGAAAAAUGCCCUAUAAACAGUGUAUAGAAGCAAGAUUGCAAUGUUUGCGCAGAGCUAUAUAGUCGCCCGUUUUGCAUUUAUUUAGUAGCAUGCUCGUUUCUCACUUCGACUCAGAUAUUUUGUCUGAAUGAUGAAACUUAGCUGGUGGUGCUCAUAAUUAGGGCCCAUUUAAAGAAUAAUAUUGUACAAAAUCACACUUUUCGCAAAUUCACGAACAGCAAAGAAACUCGGAAUGUAGCCUGUUUCAGGCUCCCAGAUAGUGAGGAAGACGCGAAAGAAAAGGGCACGAGAAAAGUUGGCGGGGCGGGAAAAAGGAAAAAGGAAGGGAGAGAGAGCCUGUAAUAAUUUUUUUUACGACCCUCUUCCGCCCACUUUUGGCACGUUUGAGAUAAUUAGAUUUCGGCUGUCAAACUGUUGAAAUGUCAAUAACUUGGAAUCUUUCUCAAAUUUCUCGCGAGAUUAUUUCGCGAAAAUGCUGCUUUUUUCGGUGAAUAUUUUCUCUUACAGGUAGAUUAUGCUCUGGAGGGGUCUACGUUUUGACUGUGCAAACUAUGUGAUUUUUGCUGCCUGUUUCAUGCUGAGAGGUCGCGACACGCAUAUUGAUUUUCUGAGGUUUUUGUUUCUCGGGUCGGCAUGAUUGAUGAUUUGCCCUCUGAUGCAAGAGCAUUUUCUUUGACCUCUUUUGAAACGUAAAGUUCUUCAUUGCGGCUAAAUAUGGGUUUUAGGUUGUUUGAUUUUCUCCAAAGUCCCUAUCUAAAUAACUGAAAGCGAUUUUCUUUUGUCCGUGAAUCUGAUGGCCUCCUACAAUGAGUUUUUUCAAGCUGAGCCCAGCUCGUUAGUGUUUUUGCAGGAUGUAAAAUUCUCACAGAUGGUGAUUCAUAGAUCCAAAUUUCGAAGAAUGGAUUGCAGCUUAAACUGAAGCUACUUUAAACAUGGAGAACCACGUUGUGAGUCAGUCAAGAUUGCUCUUUUAAAAGCAAUGCAGCUUGUUCUUCUAAAGAGAUCUAAAGAUAAUGUGAAUCUGGACUGGAGCACGUAGAUAACUCCUGGCGACUGUUCUGUUAUUGCCACUUUGUUAUUGGGCAAGACCGAAGCCGGUCGGCAAGAUCACAAAAACAUCUUGUCCACGCGCCAAGUUCACAAGGCAGGUCUUCUGUUCCUUCCUCAGCGCUCCUAUGUGCGGGAAGUCUCGUAAACAUUCGUUCAACACCGUGAAGUUAUCGUGGAUUCCUCUAUUUCACGCGCGUGGACGCCGCACGCCAUCUCUCUGAGUGACAGGAACGACCCUCUUUGGGAACGUUGAUAUAAUCUGUCAAAUCUGACCAAUCAGAGGGUAUACCAGGAGCUGGUAUACCGGAACGGGUCGUUUAAAGAAAUGAUUACAGGCUCCGUCGCCCCUGCUCUCCCCAGUUUCCUUCCGUUUUAUUUUCGUGUUUGUGCUUCCUCGAUUCAGCGGACCCGACUAUCCCGGAGCCUGGAACAGGCUACUUGGAAUGAAGCCGCCUCAACGAUUUCUCCCGGUUGGCGAAUCCGCUCUAGGAACCAAUCAGAUUUCAGGAUUUGGGAAUUCUUCUCGCUUUUACAAUUAGCCACGUGGGGCUCGUUUUUCACAUAUAUUCACUCAGUAUUUUUAAGGGGUGAUUCUUCUUAAAAGCCUUGUUUUUCGUCUAUUUUAACCCACUGGCUCCACAAUUAAAAGUUAGGUAUUUUUGGAUGAUUUCUCGACCGUGUCCAAUGAAUAAAAAUUGGGGAUGUUUGAAAUUAUAUAAAAUUGGAAAAUAUUGGAUUUGAGGAUUGAAGGUAAGAAGGAAAUAAUGAGCAGACAAAUACCAGAUGGUCUACCACCACAAGGUGCUCCUGAGCUCAUUAGUGGAUCAACUUACCUUUUUCCUCCCUUGUUUCUUUCAUUCCUAAAUCAACCUCAUUCCCACCAAAGAAAAAAACAGCCGCAAUUCAUAUCCAUAUGAUUUACCAAGUCCAUUGUAGUAAACCUGACUAUCAAACUUGACAGUCUUAAGAUUGACAAUGGUAACAAGACGCUCUUAAAAGUAAGGGGGAUAUGCCAAAGGGAUACUCCAAACUCAGAAGCUACCACUGUGAAAAAAACGGUUAGUGGUCGAUGUACAUAAUAUUUUGGGCUCACGGGUAACUGUUCAACCAAGAAAAUGUGUUAAUCGCAAAUAAAUACGUUUUGAAGUAAGUACAGUAGAACCUCGAUAUAGCGAAGGGCCGAGGGACUGGGGAAAUUUGUUCGUUAUAUCGAAAACCUCGAUAACGAAUUUCUGGUAAAACAAGCAAAAUGUUCUUUAUAUCGAGGUAGAAUGAAUGAUAAAUUUCCAACGCCAAGCAUUUCCGGGUCUGAACAAUUUCUGUAGUGAGCAUUUGUAUACGUAGCUAUUGCCUCAGUUCAGAGCUGUUAGCAACGGCAGUAGAAACACAAAAACAGGCAAAAAAAACUUCUUAAAACUACUGUACACAUAAAUUUUAUCCUCGUUGCUCUGUUUUAAAUUCAUCUUUAACUAUCUUUCGGUCACAUGUUGACAUUUAUUCGUUAUAUCGAGGUAUAUUUUAUGCUUGCGUUUCUGGGUUGUGUUCGUCAAAACGAGGAUUUCAUUCGUUAAAUCGAAGUUCGUUAUAUCGAGGUUCUGUUCCAUACAUUUUAUUGUAAUUUUGGCUGGGCUGAAGAAAAUCGUUCGUUAUACCGAGGACUGGUUGAAUAGAGUUUCGACUGUAUACACAUGGUUAAGAUAAGAGAGACAUUCACACGAGACUUACCUCAAAUCUACCACGGUUGCAUGGUUGGGCAUACAUUUUUGAGACGUGCGCGAAAACCAGUACACCAAUACAAUCAACUAUCCUGACUAAUAUCUGACUAAAAAACAAUUCAAUUUUACAGGUGUUAACUCCAUAUCAACCAUCAACGAAUUUGCCCAAAGAAAACCAACCCGUUGAAAAAGAUGAUGAAUUUGCACACGUUAUGAGCAAUUUUGAUGAUGUGCCAAAUCUUUCUGGGAAUUUCAACAACAUCGUUAACUCUUACUGCCAAAUACUCAGUACUGCCAAGCAUGCGGGAGAUAAAGCUAGAGAAGGAGCUGUGUAUAGUACUCUUGGUGGGUUAUUUCUGGAUCAGUGUGAUUACAAGAAAGCCAAAGAAUAUAACUACCUUGCUCUUGAUAUUUUCAAAGAAUUGGGCAACAAGAGACGGGAAGGAUAUGUGUGUCAAUGUCUUGGUGAUGUUUUCCAAGAGCUCUGUAAUUUUGAAAAAGCCAUUGAGUACCAGAAACGUGCGCUCAGUAUAGCAAUAGAUCUGGGAGAAAAACCUUUGGAAGGUUACGCUUGCUACGGUCUUGGCAAUGCUUUUCGAGGUUUGUGUAGUUAUGAUAAAGCAAUAGGCUUCUACAACCGUUGUCUUAGAGUCGCCAAAGGUCUGGCUAGCAAGACAAUCGGAAGGCCAUUAGAAGGUGUUGCCUAUAGCAAUCUCGGACAUGCUUUUGACUGUCUUGGUGAAUACAAACAAGCUGAAAUUUACCAUAGGCUUCACCUUAGCAUUGCCAAAGAGAGGAGACACCAGUCUGGAGAGGCAGACGCUUACACAGGUCUUGGCAACGUUUUUCUAGGCCUUGGAAAUUUCAAAAAAGCCCAAGAGUAUUACAGCUUAGGCCUUAGCAUUGCCAAAGAUAUACGAAACAAAGGAGCAGUAGCACUUGCAUAUUCAGGUCUAGCAAACGCUUCCCUCGGCCUUGGAGAUACAAAAAAUGCAGUAAAUUACUCUAAUCUGUAUCUUACCUGCGCCAAAGAACUAGGGAACAAAGAUCACGAAAAGGGUGCGUAUUGCACCCUUGGACAUAUUUAUAACAGUCUUGGAGACUUCAAGAAGUCCAUAGAAUACUAUAAACGCCAUCUUGAUAUUGCUAAAGAUGUUGGAGACUUGGCAUCAGAAGGUGGCGCGUAUGGUGGCCUUGGUAGUGUUUUUGACAGCCUCGGAGAUUUCGAAAAAGCCAUUGACUACCACAAGCGACAUCUUCGUAUUGCUGAAACCAUUGGAGAUAAAGAUGGGGAAGCAAAAGCAUAUGGUAAUCUUGGCAACGCUUAUCUUGGCCUUGAGGACUUCACUGCAGCGCUCCACUUCUUUGAACACCGUCUUAGAAUUGCGAAAGACGUGGGAGAUAAGGCAGGGGAAGGUCGUGCAUAUGGCCAUCUCGGCGGCACUUUUCAACGUCUUGGAAACUACAAGAAAGCCAUGGACUAUUACAACCUGCGUCUCUGUAUUGCCCAAGAAGUGGGAGACAAGGCUGGGGAAGGGGCUGCCUAUGGCUAUUUAGGUUCAGUUUCCCGGUUUCUUGGUGACUACAAGAAAGCUAUCGAUUGGCACAACCAACAACUUACAAUUGCUAAGGAUAUAGGAAAUCAAGGCAUGGAAGGUCAAGCCCGCAGUUAUAUUGGACGAUGCUUUGAGAUGCUGAAAGUUUUACCUAAAGCAUUAAAAAACUACCAAACAAGCGUUGAGGUUUUCAAUCAAAUGAGGAGUCUACUUCAGUCUGAAGAUAAAUGGAAGAUUGGAUUUAGGAACGAAUGUAACUAUGCUUACACAGGCCUUUGUAGAGUUUUGUUAAAACAAGAAAAGAUUGAUGAAGCUCUGGCUGCUGCCGAAGAAGGUCGGGCCCAGUCACUAGCUGAUCUUAUGACAUCCCAGUAUGGUUUUCAUGAAGGUCAAACCGAAGAAAAGCUCCUUGACGAAGAGGAAUUCGGCAUGUUAAACAAUACUUCAAGCACUAUUUUUCUAUCUGUGUCAGAAAAUAAGAUAAAUAUCUGGUUACUCUUGAAAGAAAAACCUGUUCUUCACCGACAGAAGACACUUUGCCACCAUUUUGCAGAAAAUGCAGCGGCUGAAACAUUACAGUCCCUAAUCCAAUUUGCGUACAAAAACAAUGAUGUUCGUGCAAAUGUUAACUGCGAGAAUCGGUCCUUAGAUGUAUUACGCGAAAACUGCUAUACUGUGGAACGAUCAUCCAAAGCUUUCUCACAGCAAAUUCUCCAAGAGGAUAACCCUCCCCUAGCCGCCUUGUACAGCUAUGUUAUUGCCCCAAUUAUGGAUCUCAUUGAGGGCGAUGAGCUAAUAAUUGUCCCGGAUGGUCCAUUAUGGCUUGCGCCGUUUGCUGCAUUACUGAAUCCUUUUUCCAAUUACUUGUGUGAAUCCUUUAAAGUCAGAUUAAUUCCUUCGCUGACAAGUUUGAAAAUUAUUGCUCAUUGCCCAAAAUUCCACAGCAGUAGCGGAGCUCUAAUUGUCGGAGAUCCAGACGUGAGUGAAGUUACCAACAGCCAUGGAGACCAGCUCGAACAGCUUCCUUUUGCCAGACAAGAAGCACAGAUGAUUGGGCAGAUUCUUAAUACGGCACCUCUCACUGGAAAAUUGGCCACCAAAUGUGAAGUGCUAAAACAGAUUAGUUCGGUUGCCGUAGUACACAUUGCUGCACAUGGACGCAUGGAAACCGGAGAGAUAGCGUUGAGCCCGAAUCCUGAAAGCCGGAAAUGGCAGACCCCUGCAGAAGAGGAUUACAUGUUGACAACGAAAGAUGUGAUGAGUGUAAAGCUGCGAGCCAAGCUAGUUGUCCUUAGUUGCUGUCACAGUGGUCGGGGAGAGAUCAAAGCUGAAGGUGUGGUUGGUAUAGCACGUGCCUUUAUUGGUGCUGGUGCUCGUUCUGUUCUGGUGUCGCUUUGGGCCAUCGAUGACAAGGCCACGUUGGAGUUCAUGAAAAGCUUCUACCACAAACUUGUGAAAGGGCAAAGUGCGAGCGAGUCUCUUAACCACGCAAUGAAAUGUCUCAGAGAAUCCGAAGUGUUCAGCGAUGUAAAAUACUGGGCGCCUUUUACGCUUAUAGGCGAUGACGUUACUCUCGACAAACAAGAAGAAAUCGGGGUCUCGUAA